AUGCUGAGACCUGAACUGUUCGAUCGUGCACUAGAGGUGCAUAAAUAUUUGAGUGAAUCAUUUUCGGUAGUUGUCGAUGGCCGAGCAUAUCAUCAUAGUGAUCUCUGUAAACAGUAUUGUGAUGUUAAUAAAGCACUCUAUGUUCUCAAGGAUAGUCAACGACAGAUAAUGGAAGCUGAACAGGCGAAUAAACCCCCUCCACCGAACAUCAUUAUUGAUCAUCCUAAAUCCACCAUUCACGGGUUCGUUGUUGUUUUUGUUGUUGUUUUAUUCGAGAUAGUCUCAGUUAGUGAUGGAUGGGUACUGCGUAAGCUGAACAUUGCAUUAGCAAAUCGGAUGUUUUGGAAGCUUUUUAAAUCGGGUAUUCAGAUUUACAAUGAAUGUUCGAUCAUUUACAUUCUUUGCGACUUCACAAUUCGUAUGCAAUGGUCAUAUCUUACUAAUCACACAAACACAGCUAGAUAG